AUGGGAAGACACCUACGUCCUGCCUCUGUGCUACUUUUGCUGUUAGCUCAAAUCAUUGCACAAAUUCAGUUAUGUCUGUGUGCAAGUUCACCCGUUGCCUGCAUAGGAAAAGAGAGAGAAGCUCUUCUCCAAUUCAAAGCCUCCUUCACCUCUGAUCCAUCAAACAGGCUUUCCUCGUGGAAAGGUAUUGACUGUUGCCAGUGGGAGGGAAUAGCCUGCGACAAUGUGACUCGACAUGUUGUCAAACUUGAUCUCCGAAAUCCUUGUUCGCCUCCAUCUUGGCCAAAAUUUUUCGAUCCUCCAGAGGAAUGCUACAGUGAUGACCCUUUCAUGCGAGCUCCAAAUGUUGAUUCAAGUCUACUGCAGUUGGAAUACUUAACAUAUUUAGACCUCAGCGGAAAUCGUUUCAAUCGGAGUCAAAUACCAAUGUUCUUGGGUUCUAUGCAACGUCUCAGGUACCUUUCUCUCUCUCAAUCUUAUUUGGAUGGCAGGAUUCCGAGCAGCCUGGGAAAUCUCAAGAACCUGUCCCUUCUUGAUCUCAGUUGGAAUUUUAUUUUAGAAGCCAAUGACAUCAAUUGGAUCUCUCAACUUGAGUCAUUGGAACACCUUGACAUGACUGGUGUUGACCUUGGGGAUGCACACAAACUGUUUCGAGUACUUAACAAGCUUCCUUCCUUGUUACGUAUUUACUUGCGUGGUUGCAAUCUUCACAGCUCACUCAUGCCUCUUGUCAAUCUCACUAAAGUUCAAGUUCUUCACCUUGGGGAAAAUCAACUUACACUUCCACUUCUCUAUGGUUUCCAAAACAUGACAUCCCUUGUCGACCUUCAUUUAUCAGGGAAUCAGUUCGAUGGAUCAAUUCCUGAUGCUUUUAGAAACUUGACUUCCAUUCAAUUCCUCUACCUGUCUGACACCAAUAUAACUUCAAUUCCAUCCUGGUUUCCCAACUUUAACAAACUUGUGCAUCUUGAUCUUUCAACCAAUGGGCUUCAAGGUCCAAUUCCUGAUGCCUUCAAAAAUAUGCCUUCCAUUCAGUCCCUCGAACUUUCAGGGAACCAUUUCACUUCGGUCCCAUCAUGGUUUCAUAACUUUAAGAAACUUAAGUUUCUUGAUCUUUCAUUGAAUGGGCUCCAUGGUCCAAUUCCCGAGCCUUUUCGAAACAUGACUUCUAUUCACUCCCUCCACCUUUCAGAAAACAACUUAUCUUCAGUUCCAUUGUGGUUGGCUAACUUAAAGCUUGUGGAUAUUGAUCUUUCAAUGAAUAUGCUCCAUGGUCCAAUUCCUGAGGCAUUUCGAAACAUGACUUCCAUUCAAUCCCUCCAACUUUCAUAUAACGCUUUCACUUCAGUUCCAUCAUGGUUUGCUGAGUUGAAGAGCCUUGUCUAUAUUGAUCUUGGUCAAAAUGAACUCACUCUGAUGGAAUGUUCUCUUUCAUCAAUGCUCAAAAGCAUGUGUCAAUUAAAAAGCUUAUAUUUAACAGAAAACAAGCUUCGAGGGGAACCAUUUGGACAACGCGAAUUAUCUGGAUGCAAUACGUAUGAUUUGGAAGGACUGUAUUUAACUGAUAAUGAAUUUAGUGAUCAGUUGCCAAGUUGGUUGGGACAACUUGAAAAUCUAAAGAAUCUUGAUCUCAGUUCAAAUUUUUUUCAUGGGACAAUUCCCUUCUCUCUAGGAAAAUUAUCAAAGUUAAGAUAUCUAUAUCUAUCAAACAAUAAGUUGGAUGGGACUCUUCCCGAAAGUCUAGGGAAACUUGAAAAUCUUCAAUAUCUUGAUCUUUCAAACAAUUCUUUUAUUGGUCUCAUUCCUCACAGUUUCAAUCAACUUAAAAAUCUAGAAAGCUUGGAUCUUUCAUCAAAUAAGUUAGACAGAAUGAUUUCUGUAGGAAAAGAGUGGUCUUCAAUCAUGCCUCGAUUAGGGUUUUUGAAUCUCUCAAAUAACCAAAUCAGUGGUUCACUUUCAAAAUAUAAUGUUCAUAUAAUGCCUAAUUUAAGGAGCUUGAUUCUCGAAAGUAACCAUAUAAGUGGCUCAAUACCAAUCUCUCUGUGCCAAACGAUAAUAGGCUACCUUGACCUUUCAAAGAACAAUUUAUCUGGUGAGAUACUGAAUUGUUGGAACCAUAAUCUAUUUCACUUAAACCUUGCUAAUAACCAAAUCAAUGGUUCACUUCCAGAAAACAUUGGUCAUAUAAUGCCCCAAAUGACGAAUUUGUUACUUGGAAAUAACCUCGUAACUGGUUCAAUACCAACCUCUUUGUGCCAAAUGGAGUUGGUCAACCUUGACCUUUCAAAGAACAAUUUAUCUGGAGAAAUUCCAAAUUGUUGGAAGGAUAAUAAUAGAUGGGAAGAAAUAAAUUUGUCAUCAAACAAACUGUCAGGGGUGUUUCCAAGUUCAUUCAGAAAGCUUUCUUCAUUAUUAUGGUUGCAUUUGAACAAUAACAAUCUUCAAGGGGAGCUUCCAGUGCCUUUGAGAAGUAUGAAACAAUUGUUAAUUUUAGAUCUUGGUGAGAAUCAAUUUUCUGGGAGCAUACCAUUGUGGACCACAAACAUUUUUCCUUCAUUACAAAUUCUUAGAUUGCCAAAAAACAUGCUUACUGGUAAAAUCCCUUCCCAACUAUGCCAACUCACAACCCUACAAAUUUUGGAUCUUUCUCGUAACAAUUUGGAAGGUUUCAUACCUUGGUGCAUAGGCAAUCUCACCGGAAUGACUCUAAACAUAUCAUCAAACCAAGCAAAGGAAGAAUUGGCUUACAUGCUUCGUGAUACAUUAGGUGCAGAACCUCCUGAACCUGAAUGGAAUAAAGAGGAUGUCAAAGAAAUUAUGAAAGGAACAGAACUUGAUUACAUCAAAAUCUUGAAGUUAGUAGUGAACAUGGACUUAUCAGGAAACAAUUUGAUUGGAUCCAUUCCUAAUGGAAUAACUUGUCUCACUGGACUGCAUGGCUUGAAUUUGUCAAACAAUCAUUUGAAAGGAGAGAUCCCUAAGAUGAUAGGGAAUAUGAAAUCAUUGGAAUCCUUCGAUGUCUCACAUAACCUACUUUCUGGCACAAUUCCAAAUAGCAUGUCUGCUUUGACUUCACUCAGUCAUUUAAACUUGUCACACAAUAAUCUUUCAGGACCUAUUCCUAAAGAUAAUCAAUUUUUAACUUUGGGUGACCCAUCUAUUUAUGUCGGUAACUCAUAUCUUUGUGGAUCUCCACUUCCAACAAAGUGCCCUGGUGAUGGUUUGAAUAUAGCCCCUGAAAGCAAAGGUAAUGCAGAUGAUGAAGGCAACAAAGAUAAGGUAGAAAGAAUAUGGUUCUUCUUUGUCAUAGCAAUUGGCUUUGCAACUGGUUUAUGGGGAGUGAUUGGUUUCUUAUUGUUUAAGAAGAGUUUUAGAUAUGCUUACUUUAAAUGGGUGGAUGAGAAAGCAGACGAUAUUUAUGUUACAAUGGUAAUUAAGAUGGCAAAGCUGAAGAAGUUGAUGGUGUUGAGAAACUGUAUUCGUGGGUGAUUAUUGUUUCUUUUCUUUUUCCUUUCCUAAAAUGUUUCUAGUUGAAUAAGGUUUAUGUU